UUAAAUUGACCCUCAACUCCUCCUUUUCUUCUCCCUUGUUUUAACUCAAAACUAAAUUCCCAUUUCCCAUAUCCAAAAGUUCAUUUUUUGUUUCUUCCAUGGAGUUAGCUUUGAGCUUAGGUGGGGAUACCCCAAAAUCAUUUUUGUUUCUUGAAAAGUCAUCAUCUUCUUCUUCUUUACAUGAGAAGCUGAUGGAUAGCAGCAAAGAUUUAGGGUUCUGCAUGGGUUUAGGAAAGUGCAGUGAAGAUAAAAGCAGAAAAAAUAAGCAGAGGCGGAGCCAGGAUUUAAAGGAAGGUCACGAAAGUAAAGGGUCAUCAGAUCCACUGCUUCAGCUUGAUCUCUUGCCUUUUUCUACAGUUUCUAGGGACACAUCUUCACAGCUUCACUUCCCUUGGCUCACUGAAAACAUAGCUGGUGAACCUGGACCGGCGGGAAAGGUGUUGGACAUAAACCGGCGGCAGUUAGUGGCGGAGGAGACUGAGGAAGGGGCGGCUCUGUCAUCUCCGAACAGUGCAAUAUCAACUUUUCAAGUGAACUUUCCAAUAUACAGAAAUGAAAAUAAGUUAUUAGGGAAGAGAGAGUGUGAAGGAGAUCAUGUAGAGAGAUGGGGUAAUUCUUCUUCUAGAGCUAGUGAUGAAGAAGAUGGUUCAGCCAGAAAAAAGCUUAGACUUACAAAAGAACAAUCUGCUUUUCUUGAAGAAAGCUUCAAAGAACACAACACUCUCAAUCCAAAACAGAAGCUUGCUCUAGCAAAGCAAUUAAACCUUCGUCCAAGACAAGUGGAAGUGUGGUUCCAAAACAGAAGAGCAAGGACAAAAUUAAAGCAGACAGAGGUAGAUUGUGAGUAUUUAAAGAAGUGCUGUGAGACACUGACAGAAGAGAAUAAGAGGCUGCAGAAAGAGCUUCAAGAAUUAAGAGCUUUAAAAUCUUCUCAACCUUUUUACAUGCAGCUUCCUGCCACCACUCUCACUAUGUGUCCAUCUUGUGAGCGCGUGGUCACCGCCACUAGCUCCGCCGCAGCUGCUUCUGCCGCCGCUGCCGCAAACACGAUGCUUUCUCUGGCUAAACCAGAACCCUUCCCAUUUUCACCAGCCCAAGUUCAGGCUCCUCAGGCUGCUUCAUAAUUUUUUUUCCUUUUAUUUGAUGUUCAGUAUUUGUAUUUGGAGCCAAUCAAAGUUCGAAUUCGCACUAAAAAGUUUUAUAUUGAAAGGUAAAGCGAUUCUUAACAAAAUGUACAUGUUAGGAUUAACAUAGGGUAUUCUUGGU